AUGCGCUUCGCCUGGACCGCGCUCCUGCUGGGGCCGCUGCAGCUCUGCACGGUCCUGCGCUGCACCCCGCCGGCCGCCGGCCAGCAGCAGCAGCAGCAGCCCCCUCGCGAUCCCCCGGCGGCUCCCGGCGCCUGGAGCCAGAAGAUCCAAUGGGAGAACAACGGGCAGGUGUUCAGCCUGCUGAGUCUGGGCUCGCAGUACCAGCCGCAGCGCCGACGGGACCCGAGCGCCGCCGCCCAGGGCGCCGCCAACGCCGCCGCCCCGCAGCCGCGCACGCCGAUCCUGCUGCUCCGCAACAACCGCACGGCGGCGGCCACCCGGGCGCGGACCGCUGCCCCGUCGGGAGCCGCCGGCGGCCGCCCCAGGCCCGCCGCCCGCCACUGGUUCCAGGCUGGCUACUCGCCGUCCGGGACCCGGGACUCCGGCCCCGCGCGCGCCAGGAACCGGACCGCGUCCGCAGAGCGCCCGGCGCUCAGUAACCUGAGGCUGCCUAGCCGCGUGGACGGCAUGGUGGGCGACGAUCCCUACAACCCCUACAAGUACUCCGACGACAACCCCUAUUACAACUACUACGACACGUACGAAAGGCCCCGGCCUGGGAGCAGGUACCGACCCGGCUACGGCACCGGCUACUUCCAGUACGGUCUACCGGACCUGGUGCCAGAUCCCUACUACAUCCAGGCGUCCACUUACGUGCAAAAGAUGUCCAUGUACAACCUGAGAUGCGCUGCGGAGGAAAACUGCUUGGCCAGCUCAGCAUAUAGAGCAGAUGUCAGAGAUUAUGAUCACAGGGUGCUGCUAAGAUUUCCCCAAAGAGUAAAAAAUCAAGGGACAUCAGAUUUCUUACCAAGCCGACCAAGAUAUUCCUGGGAAUGGCACAGUUGUCAUCAACAUUACCACAGCAUGGAUGAAUUCAGCCACUAUGACCUGCUGGAUGCCAACACCCAGAGGAGAGUGGCUGAAGGCCACAAAGCAAGUUUUUGUCUGGAGGACACAUCCUGUGACUAUGGCUACCACAGGCGGUUUGCGUGUACUGCCCAUACACAGGGGUUGAGUCCUGGUUGUUAUGAUACUUACAAUGCAGACAUAGACUGCCAAUGGAUUGACAUCACAGAUGUAGCACCUGGGAACUACAUCCUAAAGGUCAGUGUGAACCCCAGCUACCUGGUGCCUGAAUCGGACUAUUCCAACAAUGUCGUGCGCUGUGACAUUCGCUACACAGGACAUCAUGCGUAUGCCUCAGGUUGCACAAUUUCACCGUAUUAA